AUGCUGGUAACCUAUUUGGAAGCCAGCCGGGACCUUUGCGAGACGGACUCAGUUCUUUUUGGCGCCGCAGUGGCAGCUUGCCGUAUUAUUGGCGCCAAACUUCCCAUGGCUGGACGCGCUACUAAACAAAGUAACGCCAUCCCAGCCUGGAGAAAAAGAAUUGAGGACCGUAUCGCAAAGGCAAGGGCCCUUAUCGGCAGACUGAUAAGCUUCAGGUCGGGUAAUAAUAGACCGAGGGUUGUGCGCACCGUUAGAAUGGCGUUUGCUGGGACAAAUAUCAGUUUGUCCCAGCCGGAUAUCACGCAGAAACUAACGGAGCGCAUAGACGACCUGAAGCAAAAGAUUGCCGCUUGGGGGAAGCGGAUUCGCCGAUUUACCGAGAGGUCAAGGCGGUUCAACCAGAAUCGUCUCUUCCAGAGUGAUCAGAAGAGGCUCUACAAAUCAUUGGAGCGACCAGAGGUAUGUGGAGCGGGCCCAGGACCGGAUCAGGCUAACACUGUCGCAUUUUGGCGUGGCCUGUGGUCAGAGCCCGUAAACCACAGCGAGGGCCCUUGGACGGAAGUUGUGGCGAGUCAGUGUGCGAGUAUUACGCCCAUGGACCCCGUCAUCAUAACGCCGGAUGACGUAGCUGAGGCGGUCCGUAAAGCCACGAACUGGAAAAGUCCGGGACUCGACGGACUGCAUCACUACUGGCUGAAGGGGUUCAUGGUGUGUCACGCUGUGCUCGCCCGUCAGUUUCAAGAGGCUCUCAACCAGAAGUCGCUCCCAAGCCUCUUCACUACUGGGAUCACUCAUUUGGUUCCUAAAGACCAGGUUUUAUUCGUAAAUUCAAAAGAUAUUCAACAGGUGUUUUUCUAA